CCGUUCCCUCCGCCCUGUCGCCCGCACUCGCUGCAGAGAGGCUACGGUUCGGAUCGGCUCCUCUCUGCUCCUGCUGGCGGUGGCCAUUGCCUUCGUCCUGUAUGAACUAGAAUAUGGUCUAGAACCUUCAGCGCCACCCAAGGUUUAUGGCCGCCUGGGCCAAUCCGGGAACAUCAGCACCUUGGAAAGCUUCUCAAUUAUACCCAACCAUGAUGGCGACCAUCAGCACUCUGAAGAGGAACACGAGGACCACCAGCACUCUGAAGAGGAACACGAGGACCACCAGCACUCUGAAGUGGAGCACGAGGACCACCAGCACUCUGAAGUGGAGCACGAGGACCAUCAGCACUCUGAAGAGGAACAUGAGGACCAUCAGCGCGACGAUCAUGGACAUAGUCACUCCGCAGGCACAUACCACCAUGCCGCUGCUGUCACAGACUCUGAGUCCUGUUCCGGAGCGGCUCGGGAUGUCUUGGGGAUUGGUGGCUCCGUGGUGGACGCUGGCGUGGCUGCCGUCCUGUGUCUCGCUGUCGUGCACCCGCACACUGUAUCUUUAGGUGGAACUUUCUCCUCUAUUUAUUUUAAUGGAACAUCCCAGAAUGCAUCAGUGUUGAGCACCAUCCCCAUGGAGCCGUCCCCCACCUCGUACGGGAUCCCCACCGUGCUCCAGGGUCUGUGGUCGCUUCACCGGGAGCACGGUAGGAAGCGCUGGUCCGAGCUCUUCAGCCACGCCAUUAUUCUGGCCCGUCAGGGGUUCUUGGUGGACCACAGCCUGCACGCUGCUCUGGAGGAGAACGGGAUGAAAGCUUCGUCCUCUCAGGGACUGCGCGGUCUCUUCUAUGACCAGAAUGUCCUCAGGAAGGUUGGAGAUAAAGUAAGAAACAUGCAGCUGGGAAACACUCUGGAGAUGGCCCAAACCAUGAGGGAUUCUUCGCUCCCCAGUGGCCUCGUCCACAACCUGUUGAGUGACAUUGAGGUGACAGACAGAGAGUCGUUCCACAAGGCCCUUUCCAGGGUAGACCCCAGGAGUGAAGAGCCAACAGGGCUUCACCUUGAUGGACUGACCCUGUACAGCUCCUCUGCCCCCACAGCGGGGGUAAUUCUCACAAAUUCUGUCCAGGGGGUGUAUGAGAGCCACGGGGACAAGGCUCCUGCCACCAUCUCUGACCAUCUCAUCAGUGUCUCCAAGACCAUGUACACGCUGGCCAGUAUGUGGCCCCCAGACAUCCACCUGGCCAGGGUACGGGGCCCAUGGGAUUCAGCCCCUGUGGGAAGCAGUGUUCUAGUGGCCGACACCAGUGGAGAUGUCCUCGUGAUCUCCCUGACACUGAACAGCACUUUCGGUUCUGGAUUUGUGGCCCCCUCCACAGGAAUCCUUCUUAGUGACUUUGUCCAUGGGGUGGCUGAUGUGGCCCCCGCCAGCCUCUCAUUUUGGGCCUGUCCAUCAGUAUUAUUAUAUGAAGCAGAUAAUGAUGUCAUGGGCUUAGGGGGGCGAGGAGGGAGUUCUCUGCCCUUUUCAGUGGCUCGUGUCCUCUUACACCACGUUCUGCUGCAGAUGGACCUCACAGAGUCCAUGAAUGGGACAGACCUAACGCCCGCAGCCCCUGACCCCUGGCUUAGGUACUUUGGUGCACUAGUUGGCGCCCCACAGAAUGUUAUGGCCAUAGAGGUGCGAGCAGAGCAUGUACACGUGGCCUCAGCCCAGGAUGGCUCCUGUCACCCGGCAGGACUCUAGAAGUGAAGCUGAAGAAAUACAAAGGUGGCUAUGAUGGACCUACCUUCUGGUCACUUAUCUAUUGCACUGUGUGUGGUACAAUCACUCCCAUUCAUUUUCACUGAUUCUGGUGCCACAAGGCCACGACUGAAAAAAAGUGGGGAUCUGAUUGGAAUUCUGUCUGUAGUUCCCUGACCAGCACAAUAUCCAUAAAGUGUGUCUGCCUGUGGUGUCCACGUGUGAUGGUCGGAUAGUGUCUGCCUGUGGUGUCCACGUGUGAUCUUGUCUCUGUUCAGUGUGAUGGUCGGAUAGUGUCUGCCUGUGGUGUCCACGUGUGAUCUCGUCUGUUCAGUGUGAUGGUCAGAUAGUGUCUGCCUGUGGUGUCCACGUGUGAUGGUCGGAUAGUGUCUGCCUGUGGUGUCC